AUGCUGGACCCCUCGUCCAGCGAAGAGGAAUCCGAUGAGAUAGUCGAGGAAGAGAGCACCAAGGAGGUGCUGGCCUCCGGCGCCUCCGGGGCGCGCCUGUCGCCCAGCCGGACAAGCGACGGCGCGAGCGGCGGCGGGGCCGGCGGCGCUGGCGGCGGCGGCGGCGGUCGGCCCUCCAGCCCCAGUCCGUCGGUGGUGAGCGAGAAGGAGAAGGAAGAGCUGGAGAAGCUGCAGAAGGAGGAGGAGGAGCGGAAGAGGAAGCUGCAGCUCUAUGUCUUCGUGAUGCGCUGCAUCGCAUACCCCUUCAACGCCAAGCAGCCCACCGACAUGGCCCGGCGGCAGCAGAAGAUCAGCAAACAGCAGCUACAAACAGUCAAAGACCGUUUCCAGGCCUUCCUCAAUGGAGAGACUCAGAUUGUGGCUGAUGAAGCCUUCAUGAAUGCUGUUCAGAGUUACUAUGAGGUGUUCCUUAAAAGUGACCGGGUGGCCCGGAUGGUACAGAGUGGUGGGUGCUCGGCCAAUGACUCCAGGGAAGUCUUCAAGAAGCACAUAGAAAAGAGAGUGCGUAGCCUUCCAGAGAUCGAUGGCCUCAGCAAGGAGACAGUGUUAAGCUCCUGGAUGGCCAAAUUUGAUGCUAUUUACCGUGGAGAGGAAGACCCCCGGAAGCAACAAGCCAGAAUGACUGCCAGUGCAGCCUCUGAGCUAAUCCUAAGCAAGGAGCAGCUCUAUGAGAUGUUUCAGAACAUUCUGGGGAUCAAGAAGUUUGAACACCAGCUCCUAUACAAUGCCUGUCAGUUGGACAACCCAGAUGAGCAAGCUGCACAAAUCCGCCGGGAGCUGGACGGACGCCUCCAAAUGGCAGACCAAAUAGCCAGGGAACGCAAGUUUCCCAAAUUUGUGUCCAAAGAAAUGGAGAAUAUGUACAUUGAAGAGUUGAAAUCAUCAGUCAACUUGCUAAUGGCAAACUUGGAGAGUAUGCCAGUGUCAAAAGGAGGGGAAUUCAAGCUUCAGAAACUGAAACGAAGCCAUAACACAUCCAUCAUUGACAUGGGAGAAGAGAAUGAAAACCAGCUCUCCAAAUCAGAUGUUGUUCUGUCCUUCUCCUUAGAGGUUGUGAUCAUGGAAGUUCAAGGCCUAAAGUCCUUGGCCCCCAAUCGUAUUGUGUAUUGCACGAUGGAGGUAGAAGGAGGAGAAAAACUACAGACAGACCAAGCUGAAGCUUCCAAGCCAACGUGGGGGACACAAGGUGAUUUCUCCACGAGCCACGCCCUGCCAGCUGUAAAGGUGAAGCUGUUCACUGAAAGCACAGGUGUCCUGGCCUUGGAGGACAAAGAACUCGGUCGGGUUGUUCUCCGCCCUACCCCUAACAGCCCCAAACAAUCAGAAUGGCAUAAAAUGACAGUUUCCAAAAACUGCCCUGAUCAAGAUCUGAAAAUUAAACUUGCUGUCCGAAUGGAUAAACCUCAAAACAUGAAGCAUUCUGGGUACUUAUGGGCCAUUGGUAAGAAUGUUUGGAAGAGAUGGAAGAAAAGGUUCUUUGUAUUGGUCCAGGUCAGCCAGUACACAUUUGCCAUGUGCAGUUACCGAGAGAAAAAGGCCGAGCCCCAGGAACUUCUGCAGCUGGAUGGCUACACCGUAGACUACACUGACCCCCAGCCAGGUUUGGAAGGGGGCCGAGCCUUCUUCAAUGCAGUUAAAGAAGGGGACACAGUGAUUUUUGCCAGCGACGAUGAACAAGAUCGGAUCCUGUGGGUCCAAGCCAUGUACCGGGCCACCGGCCAGUCCCACAAGCCGGUCCCCCCAACACAAGUUCAAAAGCUAAAUGCCAAGGGAGGAAACGUACCUCAGCUAGAUGCACCAAUCUCUCAAUUUUCUGGACUCAAGGAUGCAGAUAGAGCUCAAAAACAUGGCAUGGAUGAAUUUAUCUCUUCCAAUCCCUGUAACUUUGACCACGCUUCCCUCUUUGAGAUGGUGCAGCGCCUAACUUUGGACCACAGACUAAAUGAUUCCUAUUCUUGCCUGGGCUGGUUCAGUCCUGGCCAGGUAUUUGUACUAGAUGAGUACUGUGCACGAAAUGGAGUCAGAGGCUGUCACAGACAUCUCUGCUACCUCAGUGAUCUCCUUGAACGAGCUGAAAAUGGAGCCAUGAUCGACCCCACACUGCUUCACUACAGCUUUGCCUUCUGUGCAUCCCACGUUCAUGGGAACAGGCCUGAUGGAAUAGGAACAGUGACGGUUGAAGAAAAAGAACGUUUUGAAGAAAUCAAAGAAAGACUCCGAGUUCUUCUGGAAAAUCAAAUCACACAUUUUAGGUAUUGCUUUCCAUUUGGCCGACCUGAAGGCGCGUUAAAAGCUACACUCUCUCUUUUGGAAAGGGUUUUGAUGAAAGACAUCGUUACCCCAGUGCCACAAGAGGAGGUAAAAAUGGUCAUCCGUAAAUGCUUAGAGCAAGCUGCGUUAGUCAACUAUACUCGUCUCUCAGAGUAUGCCAAAAUUGAAGAGAAUCAAAAGGACACAGAAAAUGUAGGCCGCUUAAUCACUCCUGCCAAAAAACUAGAAGACACAAUUCGCCUGGCGGAAUUAGUCAUUGAAGUCCUCCAGCAAAAUGAAGAGCAUCAUGCAGAGGGGAAAGAGGCCUUUGCAUGGUGGUCAGACUUAAUGGUGGAGCAUGCUGAGACGUUCCUGGCAUUAUUUGCAGUGGACAUGGAUGCCGCCUUGGAGGUGCAGCCCCCGGAUUCAUGGGACAGCUUCCCACUGUUUCAACUGCUCAAUGACUUCCUCCGUAGUGAUUAUAACUUAUGCAAUGGAAAAUUUCACAAACACCUGCAGGACCUGUUUGCCCCACUUGUGGUUAGAUAUGUCGAUCUGAUGGAGUCCUCAAUUGCACAGUCAAUUCACAGGGGCUUUGAACGGGAAUCGUGGGAGCCAGUAAAGAGUUUAACCAGUACCCUACCCAAUGUGAAUCUACCUAAUGUGAAUCUACCCAAAGUACCCAAUCUACCAGUUAACAUCCCUCUAGGCAUCCCACAAAUGCCUACUUUUUCGGCACCGUCAUGGAUGGCUGCUAUCUAUGAUGCUGAUAAUGGAUCAGGCACAUCUGAAGACCUCUUCUGGAAACUUGAUGCUCUACAGACUUUCAUUAGGGAUCUGCACUGGCCUGAGGAAGAGUUUGGAAAACACCUAGAACAACGCCUAAAACUGAUGGCAAGUGAUAUGAUUGAGUCCUGUGUGAAAAGAACCAGGAUUGCAUUUGAAGUUAAGCUGCAAAAAACCAGCCGAUCGACAGAUUUCCGAGUCCCACAGUCAAUAUGCACCAUGUUUAAUGUUAUGGUUGAUGCCAAGGCCCAAUCAACAAAACUUUGCAGUAUGGAAAUGGGCCAAGAGCAUCAAUACCAUUCAAAAAUAGAUGAACUAAUUGAAGAAACUGUUAAAGAAAUGAUAACACUCUUAGUGGCAAAGUUUGUCACAAUCCUGGAAGGAGUGCUGGCCAAAUUAUCCAGAUAUGAUGAAGGAACUUUGUUCUCUUCUUUUCUUUCAUUUACUGUGAAGGCAGCUUCCAAGUAUGUGGACGUCCCUAAGCCUGGGAUGGACGUUGCCGAUGCCUACGUGACAUUUGUCCGCCACUCUCAGGAUGUCCUCCGUGAUAAGGUCAAUGAGGAGAUGUAUAUAGAAAGGUUAUUUGAUCAAUGGUACAACAGUUCCAUGAACGUGAUUUGCACCUGGUUGACAGAUCGGAUGGACUUGCAGCUUCAUAUUUAUCAGCUGAAAACACUUAUUAGGAUGGUAAAGAAAACUUAUAGGGACUUCCGAUUGCAAGGAGUGCUGGACUCGACCUUAAACAGUAAAACCUACGACACAAUCCGAAACCGACUUACUGUAGAAGAAGCCACAGCCUCCGUGAGUGAAGGCGGGGGCCUUCAGGGCAUUACAAUGAAGGACAGUGAUGAAGAAGAUGAAGAAGAUGAUUAAAACAUGCUCCCCGUCCUAGAGGUCCUCUAAGACAUAGCCUUGUAAUCAAUGCAUGCCCCUAGUCUCUUAUUCAGUUAUAGCCACAUUAGGGGAAUUUUCCGUCCACUCUAAAUGCCCAUGAGAAGUUUACCAAUAGCUGUGUGGUACCGAGAUUAGCACCUCCAUUUGAUUCAUUGGUUCCCUGGGUUCGUAACUGUAAAUUCAAAGCAAUAUGGAGCACCAUUGUUUAAAAACAGUUCAUGGAGAAUACACAGACCAACUCCUCGGUAUGUCCCUGUCAUAAAUAGAGUUAAACAAUGCUGCCUUAGCAUCCUGUUUCCACACUGAUGGUAAAUUAUAAAGAUGAGUUCCUCAAGUACUAUUCAUUUCUCUGUUUCUCUGUCUGUGGAUCCCAAAUGCAUAAAUGAAUAUACAAAUAAAAAUGCUUUGGGUUUUUUUUAAAAGAAAAAUGAGGCUCCAAUAACUGAGGUUUUUGUGCUCUUCCUUUGGCCCCCAGAAUUUAAGCUUGACUCUCUUGAGUCCUUGUGAAAUCAUCUACUUUCACGUAACCAUACAGUUAGUCACAAAAAAAAUGAUAUACCAAUGGAUCAGUCAUUCCAAUGUCCAGCACAGGUUAAGCCCAAUUAAGAAGAGACACCCCACCCAGCAAGCCCAGGCCCAAGCAAUCACGUUCUACUGACCUAUGCCCUAUCGAGUGUUACAUUUUGCUUUUUAAAGUUUCAAUAAUCGUAUAUGUAAAAAAAAAAGAAGAGAUGAAAUUUAAAUUACAAUCCUAGACUAUAUAAUGUGUUUAUAAUAAGAUAAUGGAUAUUUAUUUCAGUAGAAUGUAACCAUAGUUUAAAUUAUUUUGGUUCACUAUGUUUUUUAUAUGUCAUGUACAUUCCAUUUUGACCAGUCACUGCAUGACCCUGGGGUCCCCUCCAGAAGCUUUUCCUUUCUCUGUAUAGUAGUGGAUCUAUCUUGCUUUUGGCCUUAUACAAAGCCUACAGUUGAAAAGUGCGGUAAACUGUGGCUUCUCAAUAAAUAACUAUUCAGAUGUCCUAAGGAUUAA